AUGCAAGUUCUCUCGACUGUCAUUUCUCGACGUGGAUUAUCUCGGUUGGCUAUAGGUUCGCGGGCUGCGGCAGCAAGUAUCAGUAAUUCAGCAACAUCGAGAUUGGCUAGCACAUCUCUAGAAGGCACUGCCGUGUCUCGUCCUGCUCCUGGCUCUACGUUGCACCAGAUUCGCGCCAUGUCAUCCCCAGCGCAAAACGAGCUGCGGUUCAAGAACCCAAGGAUCUUCGUUUGCGAUAUUCAAGAAAAGUUUCGCCAUGUCAUUCACGAAUUCGAUAGCAUGUAUGGCAGCCCAGGUUCAUUCGACGCCACUCAGCUAAUCAACCUCAGCGUCCUCACCACCCAAAAGCUCCUCAAAUUCGCAAACACCCUCUCCGUUCCCGUCGUAACCACGACCCAAACCUCAGCCAAGCUUGGUCCCACAGUUUCAGCUCUGGCGCAGCUCCUCCCCUCGUCACCACACGACAAGACACGUUUCUCCAUGUCCAUUCCCUCCAUCACCGUCGAUCUACCUCAGGGCUCCGAAAUCGCUCUUGUCGGCAUUGAGUCUCAUAUCUGCAUUACCCAGACAGCGCUCGAUUUGCGCGACGCAGGGCAUAAGGUGUAUGUCAUUGCUGAUGGAGUAUCCAGCUGUAAUCCUCGUGAGGUCGACAUUGCCCUCGAUCGAUUGCGUGCCGAGCCCGGAAUCACGGUCACGUCGAGCGAGAGCUGGAUGUAUGAAUGCGUGGGAGAUUCGCAACAUCCUGCUUUCAAGGGACUGAUUGGUGUUGUCAAGGAGUCAAUUGCAGACACCAGAAAGGUUUGGCAAGCCUUGCCUCCUGGUUCCAAGAUAUAG